CACCCACCCACCUACCCAGCCAAGCCCGGCCCAGCCCAGCCAGCCGCCGCCUCCUCGCCCACCACCACCAUCCACCUCCCACCUCACCCAAAGAUCCGUCAGCAACCCACUUGCAUUCACUUUGCAUUUUCCACAAUCACCCUCUCACAUCCCAUCCACACUCCUCGACAACCUCUGGCAACUCGUCGACAACCACCCGCCCACUGCCAGACACAGCCACGCAUCCUCCGCGCUCCCGCUUAGCGCCGUCGUUGGCCCAAAAGCCCAGCUACUCUGCGAUCCCGGUUCGUCGACUGUAGCUCGCCUCUCGACGACACACAGUCUUCCUCGUCUUCCUCCAACCACCACCAGUUGCAUCCCACUCCACCCAAAAGCAUCUCGGGCCCCCCUCGCCACCCGCCAUCAUGUCCGAGCCAUCCUCCGCCCGCCACUCACCUAGCAAGGACAAGAGCCCAUCCGCUGCCGCUCCGGCCACUGCCGAGCCAGUGAUCGACCCAGAGCUCGCCGACCUCCCCCCUCCCCCGCACCACUCGAAUGGCGCGGCCUCGUCGUCGGCCAAUGCCGCCACUAUCAAUCGCGACACGCCCUACCCCCCUCGGCAGCCUGGCGACCCAAUGGGCAUCACCGAGUCUAUCGCCAGCGCACCCAACCCCCACACUGCCGAGUUCUCACCACUGCCCUUCACUCAAGACAGCAGCAUUGAUGUCACUGCGCUCGAUGACGCCGCGGACAAUGCUCCCGGCUCACCCAAUGCUCGUCUUCUCCGCGCCAUUGCCCCUCCCAAUGCUGCCCAGCCCAACCCAAACUGGCCACCUCCCCCUCCAAACGCUAGUGUCAACCUCUUCAUUGGCCGUGCACUGCUGUCCAACGGCAACGACAACUGGCCUUUGAAACCCAAUGACAUUGUCAACUGGAUUAGGAAACACUACCCCGACGAGUGGGACGGAGAUGAGGGACGCUGCUCGGCACACCGUGUCCGCACCUACUUGGCACGCAAGGGUGCCGACAUGUACUACGAGAAGCUCAACCAGGGCUGCAUCGCCGGAUGGCGUAUCCGGCAAAACCACCUCUGGCGAUUCGAGGGCGGCGGUUUCCAAGGUCGCGGCAUGAAGCAAGAGGAAGCCAUCGCCGCGCAGCAAAAGGAGAACGAGUUGAUGGCAACAGCAGCACACAAGGCCGCCGCUGCUGCUGCACUCGCCCAAGGCCACCCUAAUGUCAAGGUGUCCAUGUCGGCUACUGGCCUCGACGGCCCUCCCAACAAGCGCCUCCGCAAGACGAACGGCCAGGCAAGGAGGAAGAGCGAGAAGAAGAAGCUCGACGAGGACGAGUACGGCUACUCGGCCGCCUAUGCCCAGCAGUACGCGCACCUGCCCACCGAGGGAUCAGGAGCCGACGCCGGCUUUGACGCCUCGCUGGACGCCUCAACCUCGGCCGCCGCCGCUGCAGCUGCUGCCGCUGCUGCCGCCGUCGCGUCGGUCGAGGAGCAGGCCGCAUCGAUCGCCGCUGCCGAGGUCGCUCCUGUCCCCGAGGCCGUCGCCGAGGAAGCAGCACCAGCAGACCCCAGCCUCGACGACGCGAGCCUGGUGCAGCAGGCCAUGGCUGCCGCCAACGCCGCUGCUGGCCAGAUCGACGAGCUCGACAUGGGACUGGAUAUCCCCGUCGAGAUGCAGAUGCACACCGACACGCACGACCACGACGCCAACGACGGUUACCACCAGUACGGCCAGGUGUUUGGCGGAUCGUACCAACAGGGCCAGUAAAGCUAGCACAGUAGGACAGUUGAGGGAGUGUCGUGUUUGGGGACUGGCCACCAGCAUUAGAGUGCAGUCAUACGUGUCGAGUGUUAGAGUAGUCUCAGAGCCUGUAGAUAGCCAAACCAUGUCAUUAUCAAGUCGAC